AUGACCAGUCUCACGGUUGCGGAGGUCUCAGGCCUGAUCGCUGCAGGCGUGUUCAUCGUGCAAUUACUUUUCCCACUGGCUCUGCCGCUUAUCCUCAUCGCUUUCCUGUCUGAUGAGAACUCGAUCAUCAGCUGGAACGUGCUGGCCCGCUUUCUCCACUCAACCCUAUGGCCCAGCAUCCUCGGCUCCAGCACGGCGGCUGCAUCCGGCGUGCAAAAGAGGUUGACUAUCACCGGGUACGCGCAGACGAUCAUCUUGGGGAUCGUCUCCAUCGCCUCGAUCGUUACUCCACUGGGCCUGUAUGAAUCCAUCGAGCCGGCAGGGUCGCCAACACCUGAACCAUUCGCCUACAUCAGAGGCUCGUCUCCGUUCAGUUACGGCACACCGGCUCGCAGCGAUGCCCCAUUCACGCGCAACUGCGGCCUCGAACAGGCUUGUCCGGGGACAAGUCUGAACAAAAUGUGUCGCCAGCAGGGCCUGCUGGAGAACUGUACCGUUGUCUAUGAUAGCCUUGUCCCAGAGCAUUUGCGAAAUGUAUUCCGCGACGGCGCGAACGCGUUGGGCCCUUCCGUCUCGAGUAUUUUCGACAUGCAGUACCGGACUCUCGUCAAUGGGACGGACCCGUACAGUGUGCUAGGAUGGUAUGAGAAGCCGUCGUAUCGCUCGCUGCAGGUUCUGAUUUUGGAUGAGAAGGUCGAGGCUGUGGAGGGGUUAAUUGUUGACAUGGUGGACGGGGGGAUAGGGUUUAGGAAUCAUACGGCGCCGUCCAAGGGGCUCAAGUAUGGGUCCACCUGGAACGAGGAUAUCCUGUUCAUCCAGCCGGAGACGCAGUGUGUGCCGUUGAACGUUUCGAUUGAUUUCCAGCUGCCGCCGGACCGCGAGACAAGCUUGUCUCUUGUUAAUCUGGUGUUGAAGGAUCACGGGGGACUGUCGAAUCUGGCGCAACCUCGUCCCUCGACCAGUGUUCCUGUCAAUGGGCAGGAGUUUGAUUUGUGGCAGAGAGCGUGGAAUGCGGCAUGGUAUAACAACUUCCUCACGCUUGCGUACUUUAACGCGACGGAUCCGGAUCCUGCGAAUAUCACCCGUCUGGACGUAACGCCGGGACAGACCUUCAAGCUGGAGAAUGCGAAUUUUACCCUUGGAUAUCGCAGCAUCAGGAGUACAACCAGUCUGGGAGAGUAUCUCAAUCUCCACCGCAGCAACUCUACCGCCAACCCCCACGGAAUCGCCCAGAAAGACUUCGAUUUAGCUACAACCCUCUGCGGCGGCACGACCUCGUCCAGCCCAUCCAGCAUCAACAGCGCCCUCAUCGGCUGCGGCCUCGUCUACGGCGCCGCCAACCGCACUGACGGUGUCUCGCCGCUACGAACAGACCCAAACUCCCGCUGGAGCACGCCGCUCUACAUCUGCGCGAGCGCCGUCAAGGCCAGCCUCAAAACCGUCUCCUUCCGGUACAACGGUACGAGCCUUGACGCACUGUCCAUCAACUCGCUUUCCCAAAAGACGUACCCCUCUGCCCCCCUCUGGGCCGUCGAAGACCUCCCCGAUCGAAUUCUCUCAGAAGUCCAGCCGCUUUGGGGCAUUCUCCCGGCCAACACAACUUCAACAGACAACCUGUCUACAAUCGCAAAUCCCUCCCUCUACCUACCCGGCUACAUCACCCCCUUCACCGGCCUCGCAGCCGUCCCCAUAUCCACAGGCCAAAACCUCCCAGGCGUAGACUUCUACACCCAAGCGCUCUACCGCGCACUCAGCAUCAGCAGUCCAGGCGGCCAACCCUACGCGGAUUACUCCGGCUGGACGAGUCUCGCCCUCUACGCCAAGUGGCAAGCUCUCUCGACGACGGCUACAGGCGCAGCGAAGAUCAUCGAUCUUGUGUGGACGGAUUUCGCGGCUAACGCCAUGGUUGGGACUAAGGCUGCUGUAGACCACAACCAGGCGCUGCCGGUUACGGUGUUUGAGAGGCGGAUACGGUAUAGGCUGCCGUAUGCGGUUCCAGCGAUUGUGGUGCUGGUUGUUGCGCUGGGUAUUCUGGGGGGUCUGGCUGUGUUGGGGUGUAUGCGGCGGACGGGGAUUAGUCGGCUGAAGGGGUUCUUGGAGAAAACGGCGGUGGGGAGGGUGCUGGCUUUGGUCGUUUUGGGGGAGGAGGUGGGCGAAAUGGGCAAGAACUGGGUAGAGAAGGUGGGCGAGAAGAGGGUGAGGAUUACUGAUGGAGGGAUUACACUGCGGGAAGGGUUACUCAGUGCUGAGACGAAGAGCGAUGGACAUGAAAAUGAUAUGGCAGAAGGUUUUGAAAAUAGCUAG